AAUAUUGAUAUGGAAUCCUCAUGGAUGCAGAAAAGUCCACCUUUUCAUUACAUGCUUCGGGCCUCUGGACAAAGUGAGGUUUGGCACGAUUUCACCGAGGAAGCCAAAUUUCGCCAGUACGGCUGGCGUUGUUCUACAAACGAGGACACCUAUUCAAUUGCUACACUCAUGGGAAACUGGUCCGAGAAGAAGCUUGACGUCAGGCGUGCUAAGUCAAUUCAUCGCCCAUUGCUAUCGCAGUUCUCUCACUACUUUGAGACAACGUACUCUUAUGCUUAUAAUAAAGAAGAGAAACGCCCGAUUUAUAGAACUUUAAAGAGAGAGCCCAGAAGCUUUCCUGGUCAUCAACCUGAACUGGACCCUCCCCACACCAAGUGUGCGCCAAACUCCUGCUACAGACUAAACUUCAGCUGCUCGACAAGACAGACCCCAGCGCUUGGGCAGACGAGCGCUAGAGAUCCAGGCACUCUCACUGCUGAGGAGUCCCAACAGUAGAUUCAAGUCCCCUUUCUGUUUCAUACGUCAGUAUGGUGUGCACGAAGCACUGCUGUGAAUAACCCAAUAGCAAGAUCCUGUUAGGUGGUAAGCGUCUGUGUGGUGGUCUCACAUAAAUGCUGACAAGGUUGGAUCACAUGACACGUAAAUCUAUCAGAACAGAUAUGCAAUAUCAGAUGUUGAAAUGCUUAUCAGAUUUAUUGGUAUCAAUGCUCAGACCUUAGCAAUGCCUACAUAGAGCAGUAAAACGACUACUUAAGUUCCAUAAGAGUUAUUAAACAGUUAACCAAGUUACCUGUUGUUUUUGAAUUUUCACAUGAUUUUUAAUAUUUCAUCACCGCUAUUACGCAAACGUAGAGCUAUCUUGGAUACAUAUUGUUCGGCGCUAUCAGCCAUGAGGCCUGUUGAUGCUGUGAACAGAAAGCGCCGAGGUUCUCACCACUGGGAUAUAGGCCUUUGGCACGAUUCCGAGACAGGUUUUGCUGUUUACCCUAUUUCUGGUUUAUUGUAAGUGAAUAAAAUAAACUGGUCCUAGAACAGUGUAUAAGGA